GUUAAUGCAAUGCAAUUAUAUGUUAAUUAAAUUUAAAAAUAAGAUCAUAUUCAUAUUUAUAUAAUACUAGAAACUUUUUGAUCGAAGGUCUAAUGGAAGCUCUAUACGAAGAAAUAAGAAGGAAUCCUUCAAAACCUGACAUACAUUUUACAACGAUUUAUCCAUUUUACGUUGAUACAGGAUUAGCAAAUGAUCCUAAGUAUAGAUUUCCUUACAUUUUCGGAAUCGUUAAACCGGAAUAUGCGGCUUGCGAAAUAAUUCAAGCUAUUAAGAAAAAUUAUACGGAAUAUUCGAUCCCACGAUGUCUCCUUUCCUUGAAUGCCAUAAAUAGAAUUAUUCCGGAGUCUGCAAUGCGACUGAUCCUUGAUUUCCUUGUAGACGUCGAUCGUUGAAUCAUGUAAAAAAUUAAUUGCAUCUGAUUAUUACAUAACAAUUUAAAAA